AUGGAUGGUGAUAAACCGGACAAUGCCUUGCCUGAUGAGAAACUUGAUUCUACCCAGCCUGAUGAAACACCUGGUUCUCCUCCUUCUCAUCCCUUGUCAGGGUACUUCUGCAAUGAUGCUCUUCAGUUAAUCUUGAAUAUUGCUGCUGAAAAUGACCCAUGGUUCAAAGAACAUGGCCUACAUUCCGAGAGGAUACUGCCGAAAUUUUUCUUAAUGCCAAAUGCUACUACAAUGAGCGUCGAUCUCUCCAUUGACAGUGCGAUUCUUCCGCUUCCUCCAAGAGACUUAGUUUCCAUGAUGACAGAUGUGAAGACAUGGGCUUCAAGGUUUUCCCACAUUGUUUACAGUGGAAAGGGUGAGAAACCGAGUGGAACUUCUCUUGAAAUACUGGAUAUACAAAAGGUGACUGCAGAGUUUUUGAAGCCAAUAUCUGUUGUACCUUUUAGUACAAUAGAAAAAAUAACCUUCCUUCGAUUCGUAAAAGAGAUUAGACACGAUAUGUGGGCAGUAGUCGAUUUAGACUUUGACGAGUGCAGCGAAAGGCUAUCGAGGAUGACCAUUGGAACGUCUGUUGCCAGUAAACCCAAGGUUGAAAAUGCAUGCAGGAGAAAACCAUCAGGGGUGAUCAUUGCAAAGUAUGAUGAUAGUAAAUCCAAGGUCAUAUGGAUCGAAACUAUGGAAUUUCCGAUCGACUCCGAUUGGCCUUUCAAAGCAUAUUGCUGGAUCAAUGUUUUGAAAAAUGAUUACAGGAGGAUGUCCUCAGAUUUCUUAAGUUUUAAACUUGGAACAGAAAAUGAAGGAUCAAGAGGUGAAUUACUGGGAGUUUUAAAGGAAAUGGCCAAAAACAUUAGAAUCAAGUAUGUGGAUAGCAUAGUCGCAUCUGCGGACAGGGACGGAUGGAGUGGUCAUCGUCAAGAAAAUAAAGAAAUCUGGUUGAAACAUAAGUUGAACUCUCAAGGACCAUAUGCAGGAUCAUGCAUUUUUGUUGCAGUUGUCAAAUUUAAUGUCGAAAGUAAAACGUCUCGGCCAGUUUUCAGUUACCUCAGGGAAAAGAACUUGUACAUAGAUUGGUGCCACACCCGAAUCACACAAUGGACCGAUGAAGUAAUUAGAGUUGCUUCCCCAGAUGGUGACACUUACUGCAUUACUCUAAAUAAGGAUCCAUUCGAAGGGUAUGUGUUGCAAGAAGCUUCAACUGAUGGAUUUCGCUCCUUUGUUAUAUCAUCUCCGAUCAAAGAAUCCGAUUUUGAUCAGAAUCUAAGCAAAAACGAAUGGUCUGAGCUGGUCUUGUAUCCUUCUGGAUUUACAAUAGUUCCAGAUAUGAACUUGUGCAUUAGCAUUUCCUUGCAAUUAAUGGACAGCACUCAACAAGAUGCUAUUAAGGCUAUGCAACAGUUUCAUCUUGACCUCAUCGCCGAAAUAGAGCAGAAAUAUAUCUUCUAA